AUGUCUAAAAUAUUAAAGUCAUUAGAUUUAUUUUCUACUCCUUUCUUUUUUAAUAUAGAAAAUAACUAAUAGAAAAGAAAAACAGCAUUUGGAGGUCUCGUUUCUAUUGCUGUUUUUUCUUUAUCCCUAGCAUACUUUACAUAUAUAUGCUACCUCUAUUCUAAUAACAAAAUUGAUCCAACUGUUAAUUAGACUUAAAAAGUUAUCAAUGAAGACUUUUUUAUGACUAUUUAAAACAGUAUUCUUGCUUUUUAAAUCUAUUUGCCAAAUGGGUAGAAUUUAGAUGAAUUCCAAACCGAAAAAGGGAAAAGAUAUGUUUUACCAACAGCAUCUUAUAAAUCACCAGAUCCAAACAAUAAUGAUCAAACCAAAUCAACUAAUAUCAAUUUAAUAAAAUGUAAAGAUCCUGAUUUAGCUACUUUUUAUUGUUUUGAUUUUACACCAAUUAGUAGCAUGGAGAAUUAAAUGGAUAUUGGUUAUGAUGCUAACAUUUUAGGAAAAUAUUCGUUUGAAAUAGUUAUUAUAAUUUGCGAUGCUUCGAUUUUAGAUCCAUCUUUAAACUGUGCAAGUUAGUAAUAAUUUAGGUAAGAUUUUCUUAGAAUUUCUACUAGUUUUACAAUUAAAAUAACAACCUAAUACUAUAACACUUAAACAAAGUAACUUGAAAAAUUCACCAGAAACUAAUUGGUUUCUGUAUCAGAUGGAUUAACUUCAGUGUCUUAAAUCAAUCUUUUAAGAACUAACUAGUAAAUAACAUAAGGUUUCCUACUCUAGUAAAGAUAAUCUAAUGUAUUUUUUUCGGAUUAUGACAUUAGGGAUAUUUAUUUCACUAAAUAAUUUAUUUUUGAAGAAUAUGGUAGUAUUUUUAAUAUAUUAACAGUAAUUUAAUUCUAAAUUGGUAAUAUAGAAGUACUAUAAUAAAUUUAAUAUCCCUUAUUUACAUAUGUUUUAGCUCAAUUUGCUAGUGUUUUUAAUGUGUUACUAAUAUUUGGAAUUGUUGGGUAGCUUUUUUCAUAAAAUUAGCUCAUUCUUGAUUUUGCUGAAGUUUAGCUAAAAUCUUACUUUAAAGCAUCUGCCUAUAAUAUUUUAAAACAAAUAAAUAUAUCCAAACAUAGAAUAGAAGAUUUUUCUCUGUCAAAGCAUUUAACUUCUGUGUAUUUUCAAAUUAAAAACAAAUAAUUGCUACCUUAUUUCAAUAAAUAUUUAAACAUAAAUAUCUUCAAGAGGAUUAAGAUAUUGAUAAUGGCACAAUUUUUCGAUCAAUCGAUGCAGGGUCAAGAUUCAUAAUAAAUAAAACUAUUUAAAGAGCUAAUUAACGAAACUCAAAAUCAAAUUAGCAUAACUGAGCUUCAAUAGGAAUUAAUGUAAAUGAAGAUUAUUAUAAGAUUGCUGCUCUCUAAAGAAUAAUUUGCUGCUAUUUAAUUGUGUGGCUAUUUUAUCAAUAGCGAGAAAGAACUUUUAUAAAACAAUUUAAAAUAAAGUUUUAAAGAUAAAAUAGAGUAAAAUCCACAACUUGAAAAUAAUUUCCAAGAAACAAUAAUUUUAAAAAAAGAAACAAAUUUGAAUUAAAUUGAGGAAAAUAAAAAAAUAGGCGAAAGUUACUCAGCUAAAUCAGAUAAAAAGUACAAUCAAGUAGAUAAUUGCAACAAUUUAAUUUAAAAAAUAGAAAACACAUAAGAUAAUAAUGAUUAAAAAGAAUCUAAACAUUAAAAAGUUCUUGAAAUAAAUAUUAAUGAUAGAAAUAAUAAUAGCUAUAUUUCAGAAAAUAAUCAGCUUUAUGAUAAAAAAAUAUAAUAAAAGUAUGAAAAUCAUUUAGAUGCAUUAUAGUAAAUUGAAAAAAAUUAAGAAUACUUUGAAUCUUGCAUUUAAAAAUUUUUAGAUAAAAAGUUGGAUAAAUCUGAGCUUGAUAAAAGAAUUUUAGGUUGCAUGAUUGGAUUUGAUUAAUAAGAAUUAGGCUGA